GCUCUUUCCCAAAGUGAGAAGAACUGAGGAGUUUGAUACCAGAACCAGAAGAACUCAAGAAAACUUUUUAAUCUCUUGUGUGUAAUAUUUUACCUUUUCAACAGCUGGGCUCUGAUUCAACGUUUUUCUUUUCUGCUUUGGGACUUGAUUUUUCUGCGCUGUAAAGAGCUUAUCUACUUUUUGUUACCGCGCCAGACACGCAUUUAAUCUUUCGCAAUGUUUCCAGAGGCAAACAAAAGCUACGGCUACGAGGACUGCAAGGCCACCGCUGAUUGGCUGCUGGCUCAGACAGACGUCCGACCCACAGUGGGCAUCGUGUGCGGCUCAGGGCUCGGAGGGCUGGCUGACAUGUUAAAGGACCAGGUGGCCUUCAACUACAAGGACAUCCCCAACUUUCCACAGAGCACCGUGCACGGACAUGCAGGGCGGCUGGUGUUUGGCACCUUAAAGGGAAGGCCAUGUGUUUGCAUGCAGGGGCGCUUCCACUUGUACGAGGGCUACCCAAUCCAGAAGAUUACGCUGCCCAUACGGAUCUUCAAGCUGCUCGGUGUGGAGACGGUGAUGCUGACCAACGCUGCCGGAGGUCUCAAUCAGGACUUUAAAGUGGGAGACAUCAUGAUCAUCAAAGACCACAUCAACAUGCCGGGCUUUGCUGGCAACAAUCCCCUGGCUGGACCCAACGAUGAGAGGUUUGGUGUGCGUUUCCCUUGUAUGUCUGACGCAUACGACAGAGAGCUGCAGCAGAUGGCCAUGGAUGUGGGACAGGAGCUCGGCUAUGGGGACUUCCUGAAGGAGGGUGUCUACUGCGUGCUCGGCGGACCCUCGUUCGAGACCAUUGCCGAGUCCCGUAUGCUUCACAGACUGGGCGCUGAUGCUGUUGGCAUGAGCACAGCCCACGAGGUGAUCAUCGCCCGUCACUGCGGCAUGCGUGUCUUCGCCCUCUCGCUGAUCACCAACCAGGCGGUGAUGGACUACGACAGCCAAGAGAAGGCCAAUCAUGAGGAGGUCCUUCAGAUGGGCAACCAGCGAGCGGAGCAGCUGGAGCGACUGGUUUCCACCAUGGUGACCAGGAUUGAGCACAACAAUAACUACGCCUAAGAGAUGCCACGCUCCGUCAGGGGCAAUCAUGCUAGUCAGAAGCUUUUCGCGUUGGCUAAAGGAGGUUAUGUUUCAUAUGAAGUGCCAUUGUGCUCCAAGAAAAUACCACUUAGCUUAUUAUUUAGGCAAGCAGUUGGGCCUGUUUUUAGAUUUAGGUCAAAAAAUGGUAGCCGCGUAAUCCUCCAAAGAUACACAAUGUUCAUGUCACUGUGUCUUACCUGACCAUCUUGCAUUCCUCCAUAUGAAGAACUUGCUUCUCAGUAUUUUUUGUAUCAUAUUAAACAAGGUGUAUUUGUUCUAACUUAAAAUAUAUAAUCAGCUUGUAUAAAUGUCUGCAAUUUAACUUAACAAUGAGAAAAAAUCUGCUGUAAAGAUCUUAAUAUUUUGAUGUGGUUGCAUUGUGUACAUUGGUGGACUGAAGGUAUUUUGUGCAUUUUUUUUUAAAUAAAUAUGAAUGUUGUUAUUAAAAUUGCUAUUUAUUACUAAA